AUGACAGCAUCCAAACCAGAAAAUGUCAUUCUCGUUGCAUUUGGUGGUCCUUCGUCCAGUGGGAAAACAACAGUUGCAAAGACACUAGCAGCAUUGUUACCGCAUGUCACUUUGAUCCACCAAGACGACUUCUACCUCGCUGACAGUCAAAUUCCUAUUGACAAAGCAUCUGGGUAUCAAGACUGGGAUUGUCCAGAAGCCCUCAAUUUCGACAAAUUCAAAAAGUAUCUUACUGUACUAAAAAAUGGUGAAGGAGAACCUCCAAUUGACUCAAUCCAACCAGAUGAUUUGGAUUUGAAGUUGCUGUCAAAUGAAAUUGAAGCAAUAAAAACCAUUGCAAAAGAGCACGAAACAAAGUUCAACAAUGGCAAACAGAAACACAUAUACUUUAUCGAUGGGUUUAUGCUUUUCCAUGAUCCAGAGAUUACGAAUCUUUUUGAUGUUAAGCUUUUUUUCCACGCUAGUUUUACAACAUUGAAACGACGAAGAGAAGCAAGAAGUGGCUACAACACAGUCGAGGGUUUCUGGACUGAUCCUCCAGAAUACUUUGAAAAAAUUGUGUGGCCUGCAUUUGAAUCGAGUCACAAGUACCUAUUCACAAACAAUGAUGUCGAAGGCCAGUUGAACCCAAAAGUAGCGGCACAGUACAAGAUUCACGAUGUUAAAAACGAGGAUGGUUGUAAACUAAUAGACCUUGUAACGUCCGCUUUAAAUAUUAUUAUACACGAAAUAUAA